AUGGCUGGUCCACCGAAAGUAAUAAUGGAUAGUGAUGAAGAAGAUGAAUAUUUAGAGCAACAAGAAUACUCGGAGGUUGAGUCCUCGGUUCCACCUGCUACUGAGAAUGACGAAUUUGAAGAAGAAGAAGAAGAAGAAGAAGACGAGGAGGAGGAAGAUGACUCUCCCGACGAAGAAGAAAUUCCAAGUGUAAGCGAAGAAGAAGCUGAUGAAAAUGAUGAUGAUAAUUAUAAUUUUGGUGAUGGAAGUGAUAUGGAUGAUGAUUUGGGAUUAAAAGAUGAUGGCGAUGAAAGUGAAAAAUCAAAAACACCUACUGUUGCCCCUAGAAAGUCCAUAAAGAUUACCAUCAAGCCACCAAAGAAACCUGAUUCUCCAACUCCAAAUAUAUCUGAAACCAAAUCGAAAUCAUCCGUAGCUUCUUCACAAAGAAGUACUCGAAAAAGACAAGUCAGUUACUACGCUGAAGAUGAUGAUGAAGACGAUUUUGAAGAUGACUACGAAAGUGCUCCACCACGACAACAAACACAAGCAAAGAAACAGAAGAAAUCCACAAGCACAAGGAAGGCUCCUAACCGUCCAAGUGUACCUCAACCUAGGUAUUUGGAUCCUGAAUUGGUACUUACUGAUGAAGAGAAUGAAUAUAAUCCCAAUGCAAAUACUGACUUUUCAAAGAUGACAGAAAGACAACGUUCAAGAUUUUCUCACGAAGAUGAAGAAGAUAAUGGGCAUUUUAUAGAGUUAGAUGACACAGGCAAGAAGGCAAAACUGAAAUCAAGUACAAGUCAAGAUACUGGGGAGGAGGCAGCUUUGAGAAAAGCAGAAAAUGCCAGAAAAAGACAAGAUUAUAAAAACAAAAUGUUAGAAGAGGAGAAACGUGAUACCUUGAAUAAGUUGUUGAAAAGAAGAGCUACAAAAUCGAGAGAAGUCAUCAAUGAUGAUGAUAAAGAUGGUGCAGAUUCACUUAGUAGUGUGCUCCAUAAAAAACGAAGACCAACUUUGGAACAUGCUGCAUUUGUAAGAUAUGUAAACAAUACAACCACCUUGAAUGGUAAUUCGGUAUUAGCAUUUAAGUAG